AUGUCAAAGCCUGUUCCCAAACCAAGAAAAAAUCCCCCUGUGAAUCCAGGCGAACCAUCUCCAACCUCCAACACGCCCACAUAUGCUGAUGCCAAGCCACCCAUCAUUACCACAAAACCAAAAAGGAAUGUCAUAGUAAGCGGGCAGCCAUCGCCAGAUAUGGUGCCCUCCAUUUCUCUGGCAGGUCAACAGAGCAGAGUGCAGCUCAUUGUAAAGAGUAUAAAUGCAAUGGAGGUAAAUGCUGUGAAGUCCAGGACACUGCCAAGCAUCACAGGAGCUCCAAAUCCAAGUGACAUCGACACAGUCACUUUGGAGAGGGUGACUGAAAGAGUCACAAUUACUGGGAGCCUGUGGAAUAAAGGUACUGGAAGCCCUUCAUUUUUUAUACCUGCAGCUAAUUGGUCCAUGCCUGACAUGGAGGACAAUGAGGACCUGAUGGAAUGGUGGCACAAUGUAGAACCUUGGGAGAACGUACCCAAUUGUCAUCAUCUCCCAAAAAACAAAGCAGCAAAAACAUUCACAAAGAAGGCUCGCCACGUAAAAAAGGCAGUCCGCCUGUAUGAUUUUCUCCUGUCUGAGCGUGAAGAUACUCUUCGUGGUCUCACAGAUGAGCUGUCAGGAGUAGCUGAUAACUUGAACAAGGUGUAUAAAGGUGCAAGGAUUGCUGGCAUUACUGGUGGGGCAGCAGGGGCAGCUGGAGUGGCAGCUGCUGUAGGGGGCAUAUUACUUGCCCCACUGACUUUGGGUGCUUCAUUAGCAGUGACCGCAGUUGGGGUUGGUGUGGCUGCUGCUGGAGGGGUCACAGGAGCCUCCGCCGCAAUCACCAACAAGGUCAACAGCGACAAUGACAGAAAGAAGGUGGAGAAAAUCCUUCAAGACUUCACCACUGAGAUAGAGGAUAUUGAGAACUGUGUGAUGUUCAUCAGGUCAGGGAUCAAGUACCUAAACAGUCACAACCUGUCUGAGUUGCACGGGGUGGACCAAGAGGUGGUGAAGGUGGCAAAAGUGGCUGGUGUGGCUGGAAGAAAUACUUUAGCCAUCUGUGCUUUCAGCAAGGCCUCAGGUGUGAUUCAGGGCUUUGCACUGGGCAUGGACAUCCACUUCACCACAAACGACAAGCAGAAGCUGAAGAAAGGGUCAGAAACCAAGUUUGCCAAGCAGAUCCGUGAGGUGGCUGAGAAGAUGAAAGCCAGCCUUGAUGAGCUAAUGAAAGUUAAAAAUGAUCUAAAAUCUGCAGACUUGUAAAAAACAGGUUAGUUAUGAACAGAAAAGCACGAAAUGUGGGUUAUCUGUGGAUGAAUACCCUAAAAUCUAAGGUAAUGUUUAGCCAGCAUUAGUUCUCAAAAAAUCAGUGACAUUAUGGGAGUGUUUCCCAUUCCUUUUCUGGUGAGGCUUUACUGUAAAUCUUACACUACUUACAAUUUUCUUUUCAAUUUAGUCGUUUCACCUCAUCACACCUACCCUUCACACAAUGGAAGUAUCAUUGAAUGUCAUUUGAAAGUUGAACACACUUGGAGGACAACCCUCUAGUCUACCUGAAGACAUUUACAUCAAUUAUGUUCACUCUCAGCCAUAGGUAGAUCUUGGGUUGCAAUCAGU